GCGGUGCAGAGGAGAGUAAGAGAGUGAGCUACGUGUUGCUGCGCAGCAACAGAUAGAAAGAAGAGCAAGAGAGAAACACAGAGAGGAAUUCCCCCUGCUCAAACAGAGGCGACUGUCAGGGCGUAUCAGUCCCUCUGCCUUCCUUGAAUUUACUGAAAUAAAUAUAGCCUACCUGUAGCUGGAGGCGCUGCAAACCCCUCAUGAAUGAAGGAUGUAAGGACAGACAGCUGCAGCAAGCCUUCGGUGGCUUUUAGAUACUUAAAGGAGCAGAUAUUGUUCUCUGUCUGGAGGCAAAUUUCUUUCUCAUAUCGGAUCGUCUUCCUCUGGUUUAGUCUCAUCCUAUUUUAAUAGAAGCUGAAAAUGUUUGCAGCUUUUCGUUUACUGUCGGUCCAGAGGUUGCCCUCUAACUGCGAUGAGCCAUCACUAAAAAUGAGGACUUUUAUGGAGAAAUCGGAGAACUGAUCAAACGUUAAAACAUGACAGGUCAGGUCCUUGGGGACACGGCCGGUGGGUCUCGGGUGGACGACAACGCUGGCAUUCGCAUCAACGUGGGCGGCUUCAAGAAGCGUCUCCAGUCGGACACGCUCUCCCGUUUCCCCGAGACCAGGCUGGCGCGUCUCCUCCAGUGCCAGUCCAAAGAGUCCAUCCUGGAGCUGUGCGACGACUACGACGAUGCGGAGAAGGAGUUUUACUUCGACAGGAACCCCACUCUCUUUCCCUAUGUGCUGAAUUUCUACAACACGGGGCGCCUUCACGUCAUGGCCGAGUUAUGCAUCUUCUCCUUCAGCCAGGAGAUCGAAUACUGGGGCAUCAACGAGUUCUUCAUCGAUUCCUGCUGUAGCAGCGCCUACCACUGCAGGAAAAUGGACCAGGACAGGGGGAACUGGGAGGACAGGAGCGAUGAUGGGAGCACCACUUCCUCCUUCGAUGAUCUGUUGGAGUUUUAUAACGACGCCACCAAGUUUGACAAGCAGCUGUUAGGGAGCGCACGGAGGCGCGUCUGGUUGAUGCUGGAUAACCCCGGUUACUCUGUGGCCAGUCGUAUCAUCAGCAUCCUUUCCAUCCUGGUGGUGCUGGGCUCUAUUGCCACUAUGUGUAUGAACAGCAUGAGCGAGUUCAGCGUUAUGGACAGCAAGGGCGAGCCCACGGAGGACCCACGGUUUGAGACAGUGGAGCAUUUUGGUAUCGGCUGGUUCACUCUGGAGCUGGUGGCCCGGUUCGUAGUGGCUCCAGAUCUCCUGCGCUUCUUCGAUCAUCCGCUCAACGUCAUAGACUUGGUGUCAAUACUUCCUUUUUAUCUGACGCUCCUCAUCAACCUGGUGGCGGAGAGCACCCCCGCGCUGGCGAACCUGGGGCGGGUGGCGCAAGUUCUGAGGCUCAUGCGAAUAUUUCGCAUCCUGAAGUUGGCCCGACACUCCACCGGGCUGCGCUCCCUGGGGGCCACCCUCAGAAACAGCUGCAAGGAAGUAGGCCUGUUGCUUCUCUACCUGGCUGUAGGUGUGUCGUUUUUCUCCGUGAUGGCCUACACGGUGGAGAAAGAAGACAGCGAGGAUCUCUCCACGAUCCCCUCCUGUUGGUGGUGGGCCACCGUCAGCAUGACCACCGUGGGCUACGGAGAUGUGGUGCCCGUAUCUAUAGCGGGCAAAUUAACCGCCUCAGCCUGCAUCCUGGCCGGGAUCUUAGUUGUUGUGCUUCCAAUCACGCUCAUUUUCAACAAGUUUUCCCUUUUCUACAAAAGACAAAAGCAGCUCGAAAUCGCAAUGAGAAGCUGCGACUUCGACGAUGGUUUAAAAGAGGUUCCGUCCGUUAACCUCAGGAACUAUUACGCUCACAAAGUCAAAUCUCUAAUGGCCAGUUUGUCCAACAUGAGUCGGAGUUCACCCAGUGAACAGAGUCUUAAUGAAUCAUUACAGUAAAGCUCUGUGAAACUGAUUCAUUCUCAAUGAGGCUGCUUGAGGAGCUGUCCAGGGUGCUGACAUCGCUGGAUGACACCGCCCCUCCACAGCUUGCCUCUCUGUAGCUCAGUGCAAUAAUGUUAACGUGUGUCAGUUCCUGUGUGACAGCUUAAAGUAUCAGAAGAAAAAAACUUAUGAUCACCCACCUGCACUUUUAUUACGUGCAAACUGGCUUUGUUUUAUUGAGGUUCUGUGAAGUUAUUAUCAGUGAUAAUUGUUGUUUCCUUACAGGAAGCAGAACUAUGUUGUAUCACUCUGAGUGAAUAGAACAGAGAUCCUUGGAGCGAAGCAAGGUCAGCAGCUUAGUAUAUUUUACUUUCUGAAAAAAAAUCUGAAAAUUAUGGAGAUUUGUCCUUGGUAGAGAUUGGUCCGUUUCCAAAACUGCAGCUUUCUAUGACGCCUCCACAUAGGGAAGAUUGCUGUGGCUGUUGUCUUGGUGCUUAGAAAUAUUGGAAAAGAAGCUGCUAAUAAAAUUUCUCCGUUUUAAAUACACAGAAAGCUCGUGCAGUUACAUAAUUUUAUUGAGAUAGGCUGUCAGAGGAGGGCUAAGAAAAAAAGAAAGAAAAAAAAAAGCUGUUAUUGCCAUUUCUUAUUGAGUUCUGGAUGCCUCUUAGGAAUCUUGGACAGUUUCUGGGUAAAGUAAAAAAAAAACAAAUUCAGUCUUUGGCAGCGAUACAGAAAGAUGGUGUAUUACUACAAAAAAGUGCCUCUUGAUGCCACAAUUUUACUCUAUGGCUGUGUCCGAACGUCUGCCCUAAUCCCUAUAUAUAGCAUUAUAGUGGGGUUACACCGUUUUAAAUGAGUGACCGAAUGUAUAGUGGAUGAAAAAGUAGUCGACUCAAAGUUUCCCACAAUGCAUUUUGAAAAGUAGUAAUCAUCCAUGGUCACCAAAAGAGCAGAUAUAUCCCAGAUUGCUUUAUGGGAUUGGUUGUAGCAGCAACAAAUGACAAAGAUGGUGCAGGCACAUUGCGCGAAGGUGGAGUUAUUUGAUCAAUAGGGAGCGAAAAGUAGUGACCAUCUAUCCCUAUAAAGUCCACUAUAUAGUCACUGCUCAAUGUAGUGACUGAGGGAUUUAGGGGUUAGAGUGGACAUUUGGACAUAUUGUUUUAAUUUAGCUCCAAUGUUCAAGCUUGGCACUGAAAAAUGAUGGCAUACCUUAGCUGAGGGGAUUAAAGUCCCAAGUCCUAAAACAGUGACAUUAUUGGUAACAAAGUUGUAUGUCCACACAAUAUUAUUUGGUAAUAUAUAUGUGGUUUAAUCGAUUAUAUUAUCGAAAACACAGCCUCCUGAUGGGUUAGUUGUUAGCCUUCCAGUGCUCUGUAAAAAUCUCAAAACUCUGUGCAAUCUGUCUUUCCAUGGAUAAAGGAAAUGAUUAUAACUUCACUGGACCUCAUUUGAAGUAGGCUAAUCCAAGGUUUUACACUCAAAAGUCCACUCAUUAAAGUAGUCAAAUAUGUAUUCAGAGACACCAAAUAGACAGUAAUGUUUUAUUGUCUAGAGUUUAAUUAUGACCGUGAUCCAUUAUGUAGCUGCACUUUGGAUAAGAAAAAAAGGUCCCAGUGUUUCUCUGUUAAAGCUAAAUUGAUGUUUAUGUGUGAUGUUGCACAUGUGGUCUAAACUAAAUACAUUAAAAAUAAAAACCCUGUUAGAUUUCCA